GGAACAAAGCAGAAUAUUUUAAUAUUGAGGUUUUGGAUCAUACUUUGGAAGAUUGUUUUUGUAACCAGGAUCAGAGACUCAGCACAAACGGAAAAGGUGACCUCACAGGAAAACCAGUCACAAUGUCUCUCUGGCUGUUACUGGUUGCUGUUGGGCUCUUCGUUGAUGGAGACUUGGCCCACAGUCCUGUGAGGAUCUCUUUCAUUGAACCUCGUGUCUGCUUGGAUUUUGAUGUUUUCUGUAACAGCACUGAUUUUGAGACCCGUUUCUAUAACCAGACGUUCUGGGUAGGCACCUCCCUUGGUAGAUUCAGAGACAGCCAACAACGCCUCGCAGCCUACACUCAAGGGCAGAACGCUGACGGCCUGGUCUUCAACUCGACUGCUCAGUUCCUCGCCUCGUUUGAUGUCAAUGGAGAGUCCGUCCUGUACUUGUUGCUUCCUGAAGGACUCCAGGGGAAUGCUCCCAUUCCCAAUGACAGCCUGGUGUUCCUGACCAAUUUCUCUGAGCGGGUUAUCUACAGCAAGACUGUGAAAACUCCAACCAGGAGACUGAAGAGACAGGUGGAGAAAUUCAAUCAGACCCUGGCUCAAGACAACGUCAGCUACCUGAACUCGGUUUUCUUUGUGGCUCACUGCUGGAGGAAAGGAAACGGAAACGGAAACGGAAACGGAAACGGAAAUGGAAACGGAAACAGAAACGGAAACGGAAACGGAAACGGAUGUGGAAACAGAAACAGAAACCAAGUUAUAAAGGCAAAGAAAAGGGGACCUCCAAAGCCAAAUGAGCCAGCGGGAGAUUCUCCACCCCCAUGUAAUAAUCAGGUUCGCCCGACCCCCAUAAGUGAUUUGGAGUCGGUUUUGGGUGACGAGGUGACCGAGCGGCCGAACAAUUUCCGAAGGGGAAAUAAUGCAAAGAGGAAGGAUGGGCGGCGAAAGUUCAGGAAGAGUUUCGAAAUCUGGUUCGAGAGCAUCGGAUUUCCCGACUGCCCCAUCCCGUGAUUGCGCAGAUGGAGCUGGGAUAUUGAGGCCGGAAUGAUGCUGGAAUGGGAACAAAGAUUCCGGGGCCUCCCUCUAAACUCUGUUUUCUUCUUAAUCCUACCCGUCCCCCUGACUAACACACAAUCCCACUACACACCCACAGGAAGCCAAGUGAUCCUAACCCCCACCUCCCUUUUCCAGCAUUCAGUCUGUCACACUGCCUGAGACAGUGUUUCCCAUGAGGGUCACACCACAACACCCCUGACAAUAAGGAUCCUUCCCCCACAUUCACUCAGUGUCCGAACAUCCUCAGGUCUUCAGGACAGCUCUGUGCAGCCUGAACAACACCCAGACCAGUCACCGGACCUCAGCACCCUCCUCUAAUCCUGUCACAUACUCAUAGGGAAGGGACCUGCUCCUGACUUCAGAGGGUGUGGGGGAGGGGGGAACACAGAGGUCUCCUUGUGAGUUGACGGAGGGAGUGGGGAAGUGGGAGAAUGAUGUGGGUCAUGUCCUGAAGGAUUGGGAUAAAAUGCAGGGUUCAUGUUCUAGAGACCGUCUCUCUGUCCCUGUCCCUCUGUCCCCGUCUCUCUCUCUCUCUCUCUCUCUCUCUCUGUCUCUCUCUCUCCGCCUCUUUCUCUCUAUGUCUCUCUCUCUCUCCAUCUCUCUCUCUCUCUCAGGGGCUGACUGAUGGUGGGGAUGGGGUUGGUGGGUGGCAGACUGGUUCUGUUUAAAUUUGUGUGGGCAGACCCUUACCCCCACCCCCCUCCCCACUCUGUAAUUCCCUCACAAUUCAUCAAUAAAACUUCUGUAUCGCUUGGAAA